GGCUCAUUACCAUAGCUUCUCCUUUUCUCCUCUCCUUCCUCCUUUAGCCCGUAGCUGUGCGUUUGGGGCCUCGCUGUGGGGCUGUUUUGCUUUUUCGGAGGCGACGACAGCACCAGUAGAAGCAGCGGUAGCGAGAAGAAGAAGAGGGGAAGAAGAGCAGCGCGCAACAAAACCCCCUGCCUCACAGUGUCUCCUCGCGUCGAUCUGCGCUGUGGCGGCUCGGACUCGGCUCUCAGGGCGCGCUCGGUCCCACAGUCUCGGCUCUGCGGGUCUCAGGUCUCGCGCGUAAAGGCAGAGCGGACCCCACCGUAGCGCGCGUAAUGUUUCGUCAGGAGGGAACGCUCUAAAACACGGACACGGACAUCUGCCACGCGAACAAGAAGGGAGAAACGAGUCGCUGUCGAUGGCUUCUCCAAAUUUAGCCACCAGAGGCUCGGCAGCAGCAAUGGCGAAGCCUUCUCUUCCACUCAAGCUGCUUCUCUGGGUCUUUAUCGCCGCUAAUCUUCCGACGAGCUCCUUCCAAAACGACGACGAUGACGAGGUUUCCAACAAAACCUGGGUGCUGACCCCCAAAGUGUACGAGAGCGAUGUCACCCACAUCCUCAACGGCCUCCUGGACGGCUACGACAACAAGCUGCGCCCGGACAUCGGAGUCAAACCCACGGUGAUCCACACGGACAUGUUCGUCAACAGCAUUGGGCCGGUCAACGCCAUCAACAUGGAGUACACCAUUGACAUCUUCUUCGCUCAGACCUGGUACGACCGGAGGUUAAAGUUCAACAGUACGAUGAAGGUCCUGCGGCUCAACAGCAAUAUGGUGGGAAAGAUCUGGAUCCCGGACACGUUCUUCCGAAACUCCAAGAAGGCCGACGCCCACUGGAUCACCACGCCCAACCGGAUGCUCCGGAUCUGGAACGACGGACGGAUACUUUACACACUUAGGUUGACGAUCGACGCCGAGUGCCAGCUUAAACUGAACAACUUCCCGAUGGAUGAGCACUCGUGUCCCCUGGAGUUUUCGAGCUAUGGAUACCCCAGGGAGGAGAUCGUGUACAAGUGGAAGAGGAGCUCAGUGGAGGUGGGGGACAUCCGCUCCUGGAGGCUCUACCAGUUUUCCUUCGUGGGCCUGAGGAACACUUCCGAGGUCGUCCGCACCGUUUCAGGUGACUACGUGGUGCUGACCGUGUACUUCGACCUGAGCAGGAGGAUGGGCUACUUCACCAUCCAGACCUACAUCCCCUGCACCCUCAUCGUGGUCCUGUCCUGGGUCUCCUUCUGGAUCAACAAGGACGCCGUGCCUGCCCGGACAUCUCUAGGUAUCACCACAGUGCUGACCAUGACCACCCUGAGUACCAUCGCCCGAAAGUCCCUCCCCAAAGUGUCCUACGUCACGGCCAUGGACCUGUUUGUGUCCGUGUGCUUCAUCUUCGUCUUCGCCGCGCUCAUCGAGUACGGCACGUUGCACUACUUUGUCAGCAACAGGAAGCCCAGCGCCAAGAAGGACAAGAAGAAGAAGAACCCAACGCCCACGGUCGACAUCCGCCCGCGCUCCGCCACCGCCAUCCAGAUGAACAACGCCACGCACAUGACCGAACGCGACGAGGAGUACGGCUACGAAUGCCUGGACGGGAAGGACUGCACUAGCUUCUUCUGCUGCUUCGAAGACUGCCGCACUGGCGCAUGGAGACACGGGCGCCUCCACAUCCGCAUCGCCAAAAUAGACUCUUACGCUCGCAUUUUUUUCCCCACCGCGUUCGGCCUCUUCAACCUGGUCUACUGGGUGUCCUACCUUUACCUCUAGGGCUCGCGGGGUCGCUACCUUCGAGCCUUACGAGUCGGUAUCCAUCGGGUUUUCGUUUUUUCGUUUUGAUGUCCCCCCCCUACUAAAGCUUAAACGAACGGACUUUCAGAAAGGAAGCGGAAAUGACUUGAUUAUCGAACUAUUUUGCGUUCGUUUUCGGUUUCACUCAAUGUAAGUUAUAUUUAAAAAUGAACAACUAAAGACACUGCGAAUCGUGUAGCAUUACAUCUUAAACGGCAUGAACUGGUUUUAACGAUUGUUGUGAGAAUAUUGUUGUAUGUGGACGUAACAUUUAUCAUUUUAUGGGGAAAAUUACAGAAUUAUUGCUGCUUUUUUUGUAAAUCAUACAUUCUCAGUAUUUUAAAAGCAAUUCAGAUCAAUAGGAAAUAUUGUAAACUUGAUUUUGGACCAGUUUCACAGAAGAGGUUGAUCAUUUGUAUCAUUACCAACAGUAUAUAUUCAACAGAUCUAUCUUCAUGUGCGAAAUCUGGUGCGUACGGUCGACUUACAGGAGUGAUAUGUGGACUUCUCCCUCCCCAGACACUUCCAUUCUUACUACAUUUUUACUUGUUCUGGUUUGAACUGAGUUUGUUCCUGGUGUAGACUGAUUUUCGUCCUGUUUUAAUCCUAGUAGAGGUCUCAAAAGUAUCGAAAAUCAGUGUUAAGUAAACUAGAUACUCAUUUGAGCGAGGCUAAAGUGUAAAAAAGCAGAUUCACAGGACAGAAUCUUUCCCGAAUAGCUUUAGAAUGAUCUUGAGCUGUAUCAGAACAAGUAUAAGACACAUAGACCAGUAAAUACGCCCAUGGACGACGAAGGGAUUACACAGAUAUAACACAUUUACGGUAAUAUAAAUGAAAGUAUUAUUAUUUAAUGUUGAAAAUCACACUCUAUUGUCUAAAGAAACUGCUUUUUUAUUACCAUCUUGGUAUCAGAAUCAGUAUUGUCCUUAGUAUUGAAGUCGAGUUUGAAGUUUUAGUAUCGUGACAGCACUAAAUCCUGGUCUAGUCCUGGUUUAGUGUGUGUUAAAUUUAUCUUUAUUAUGUCACUAGCCCUAGCUUAACAUAUCCAGACUUUGGGCAGCUACAAAAGUCCACUAUAUUAGGAGCAUAGAGAACAGUAUCCCUUUACAAAACGCAAUUAUUUUAUGUUUAAUUUUAUCCUAAAACAACUUAAAUUCAGUUUCAUCACGAAAAUGUACCAGUUUACAACCACUUCUGCGUACACUGCCUCUGUUACAUUCUUCACCAUCAAUACCAACGGAAACUUUUGUGAAACUGGCCCUUUUUUAAGCUCAUUUGUCGACCAACAACCCUGAAGCACUUUAAAUAUAAAACUCAAGCGCUGGGACUCACUCUGGUUUAGCUGCGACGCUAGCACAAUUUAAACGUUAUCCACAAACUCCACUGUACAGACGCUGUAUAUAUUUUAUUAUUACAUGCAUAGUGGUUUACAUUUAUUGCAUGCAUCUUUUCAGGCCAAAAAAACGAACCAUAUUUUAUCUUUUUGACGAUUAUGGGGGAAAAAUUGGUCUACCUAUGAACAUGGAGUGUCUCGAAAGGUGAGUGGGAUUUCAUAUAUAUCACUGUUACUUCUUUUAACGCUGGUGGGUGGAUGAUAUGAGGACAUCAAACCGCGUAGCCAUUUUAUUUUUCCAGCCAUUAGCGUAUGGACGGCACUGACCCCAUCUUCAUUGUUAAAAGCAUUUACAUAAUACGCUUAUGCAACCUUUUUGUUUACAGCAAUCGUCUGGUAAAAAGGUUGUUGCAUCACCCCAGGAUCAAGCGCCGAUAUCAAACUACUUUCGCAUUUCCGUGCAUCUGUCUUUCGUAAAAAAGCUUAGACUGAUCUCAUAUGUGACCGUUGAGCGACUUAUUCAUUACACGGAAACGUUAAAAUACUGUGGAAGUACUUUAUCUCAGUCACGAGAGGGUAAAAAUGGGUAAAAGAGGUCAAAAAUGUCAUGCUCAAGGGUACAACAACACGCCCGUUUGCUGGGAACCGAACCUCCAACUUUUGUAAUUUCGCUGUCAAAAAAUGUAACUUUAUUUUAUUUAAUUUUACAUAUAUCUAUUCAAAUUAUUCGUAUGAGUUGACUGGGUUUAAAGGACAAAUAUUACGCAUUAUUUGGAUUUGGUGCUAGCGCGCCCUCUACUGGCAGAAGUGGGAAUGAACCACGGGGAAAAAAAACAAAAAAAACUAGCCAUUUAAGGUUCGUUGUCCGGCAUGCUAAUAAACAUGGCGGCACUUUAUGGAUUUUAAAACUGCAGGAUUUACCUAUGACGUAACAAUCCGAGGAAGAUUUAAAUAGGCUAAUUUUUGAGCGUAAAGACAUAAACAAAAGCUCAAAAAAGUUAAUUUCGCGCAAUAUUUGCCCUUCAAAAUCAACAAUAAACUGCCAAUCCGUACAUUUUUGUAUGCCUUACUACUACGUACUGCUUUUAUUCUACUUUUUGGCUUCAGAAACGCACCACUUUGAAUGUAAAACACUUCAUCCGGUCUCAAGAAGCUAGGCUAACGUCAUUAUUAGCAUCAUAUCAUUUAUUUAUCAUUAUUUUCCUUACGCAAACGCUCUGGACGUUGCUUGAAGAGACCAAUCGAAGGGUCCAACUCCAACCUGAUAUAAAGGCAACUACCGGGGGCGUUUUAAUACCGUUUCAUCAAUAUAUGUAAAUCACCGUGCUUACGUUCUGUACAUACGAAAAAAAUAUAUGAAAAAAGAACAACUGCUAAAGCUCUAACCCUUCGGGACUUUUGUAAAGGGGUAUAUAUUUUGUAAUUUCCGCAUUGUUGUCGUAUCACAUCUUAUUAAUUACGGUAAUAAUUGUAAAUGCUAGACUGAAAACAAGGGCAAAAAGGUAUUUAUUUACUUAUUUAUUGAUGGUCUAUUUAUUUUUUUGAGAGAAAAUUGUACUUAUGUUGACUUCUAAGUAUAGCCCCUGGUUUUAAAAUACUCACCGAAUGCUGUCACUAUCAUGUAUGAGAAAACUCGUGUCAAUGGCACUUGACUUAUUUAUCCUGUGUUUUAUGUUGUUGUCAAUGUACACUAACUACUACAGCUUUCACUAUACUGUUAGUUACCGUCUGAGUUUAGCAAGUUUCUAUGUUCAAAGUAGUACGCUUAUAGUCAUACUUUUUCAGGGACAAAAAAACAAAAAGAACAAUAACUUCUUGACCUAGUUACAACCGUUUAUUUGGUUUACAAUCUUUACUUUUUUCGUCAGAGUUUAUUUCCUGAUCUCUACCGGGUCCCGUUGCAAAGCGUUGUUAGUCUAAACCUGUCUUAAAAGUAUUAAACAAUAGUAUCACUGGAUGUGUGUAACUGUGUGUACUAUUAGACUGGUCAUCACCUGUGUACUAGAUAAAAGACGUGUAUCGAGAGUCGGUUAAAAGUGCCAAAAAAAAAAUAAAAAAUCAAACAUGCAAUGGUUAAUAUCGCUAAUAACACCAUUUGUGAGAUGAUACGGAACAGGACAGACCAAACAUUAAUAUGCAGGCAUACCAGACUCUUAUUUUGAAAAGUCUUCAUAUUGGAAAGGAUGUUUUUGUAAAGGUGUGUUCACAUUUUAUUCAUUUUAAUCCCGAAGUGUCCGUAAACGUUGCUAUUGUCGCUCCGGUUGUAUUAUUUUACAUGGGGCUGCUCAUCUUGACAGUAAAUACGUUUUAUACGGACUACAGAGCCGUUUUAAAGUUUACCAGAGAAUCGGUGCAGCGUUGACUCGUUGGUCACGUGAACAUACGACAUUUUACGCAAAUUAACCAACUUUAUGUCAGAUUUUAGAGGCAAAUUCAGAUUUUUUCCGCAAAUUCUUCAUUGAAAUGAACGGGAUCGCCGCCAUAAAGGAAGCUCGGUUUAGUAGCAUUUAGAGGCAAACGUGGGCGGGCAGAAUAAGGUCAAUUGGGCUUAAUCGUGUUAAUAUUUGUAAGGCCUGCCCCCUGCUGGUGCCCACGGAGAUUACAUCGCUUUGCCUGGAAUGUUCCGCAGUAUGGCAUUCUAGUUAUCUUGCGUUUAUUGGAUUACUGGUGAUUUAUGUCGCAGAAAUACAUCACAACGUGCAAUCUAACUCUGAGCGGGGUCACCUCUGCACUGAUCUGAUUUGUAAAUUAGCCUGUGAAAUGAAACUGUAGAACACAUGUGUCAAACUCGAGGCCCGUGGGCGAAAUGUGGCCCUCUACAUCAUUUUAUGUGGUCCUCGACAGGGUAAAUUAAAACGUACGACGUCUUAACAUGUCAUUUUAUCAAGAGAUGCACAGUUACACAGCCAGAUUUUUACAUCUAGGCAAAUGCAUCUGCAAUAUUUGUAACAUGAAUAAGUAAUAAAUACAGAAACAGUUUAUUGACAAGUUAAAAAAGUAAAUUUAUUUGAACGCAGCCAUUUUACUGACGUGGCCCUCGGUGAAAAUGUGUUUGAGAUCCUGCUGUAGAACAUUCCACACAGUUCCAAGACACAGUGCAACUUUAAUAAAUUAGUAAAAUAGAAUGGAACAAAUUAAGUUAAAAAAUAGAAACCACUAUUUAAAAGUCAGUGCAGUGUCUUGCUCAGUGACAAAACUACAACUCACAACUCGCUUUGGAAAUGAAACCCCCAACCUUCUGCUCUAACAGGUCUAUUUCCCUCUUCAUAGUUGCCUGAUCCAGAUGAGGAUUUCUUGAUCUCUGUUUUAUUGUAAGUAAACAUUCAUGCACUGCCCCCUACAGAACAUGGGAGUUACUGCAGUUAGUCAAAUUAAAUCAACAUGAAUUACACUUGGGAUUAAUAAAGUGUGAACACACCCAGACUGGAAAAAGUAUUUUAUCUGUCAACCCUUUAACGAUUUCUGCUUUUGUUUUUUUAUUUUAGGUUUAUUUUCUGCACAUGAAGUAUUAGACUGCAGUGUUUCUAUGCAGUAGUAUGCAUGCUACUUCAUCUGGUAUUUCAUGGACAUUUCUUGCUUAAUUUUUUUUUCUUUUUCUUUUCUUUAGGCCAGACAGUAUAAACCUCAUACGUGGAUCAUUUCUUUUAUGAAAAUGUGUUUCUUUCAGAUACGUGCCCAGAUUGCAGAGCUGCUUUCAUCAGUUGUUUACCAUCUCAGUAUCUUUCUUGUACAAAAGGGCACUGGUGAAGUCCAUUAGGGUCUCCAUACUAUAAUAAAUGUAUUGAAAAAAUCCUUUUCAUAAGGGUAUUGCACAU